AUGCGCAGGACGAGGGCGCCAACUGCGUCGCAAAUCCAGAAUCCCCCUCCUCCUCCUUCGUCUACCAAGGGCGGAAGGAUCUUUAAAAGUUCAUUCGGCCAUGCCCUCCGAGGAAAGACCGCCGGCGCAUUCGGACCCGACCUCGCCAAGAAGCUCACCCAGCUAGUCAAGAUGGAAAAGAAUGUCAUGCGCAGCUUGGAGACGGUAGCCAAGGAGCGCAUGGAGGUGGCGCACCAACUUUCCAACUGGGGUGAAGUCGCCGACGAAGAUGUUUCUGACAUCACUGACAAGCUCGGUGUCCUUCUUUACGAGAUCGGCGAACUCGAGGACCAGCUCGUUGACCGAUAUGACCAGUACCGAGUCACAAUGAAGGGUAUCCGAAACAUUGAAGCUUCGGUGCAGCCAUGCCGGGAUCGCAAGCAGAAGAUCAUGGACCAGAUCGCGCAGCUCAAGUACAAGGAACCCAACUCACCCAAGAUCGUCGUUCUCGAGCAAGAGCUAGUCCGCGCUGAAGCCGAAUCCCUUGUUGCCGAGGCACAGCUCUCCAACAUCACUCGCGAAAAGAUCAAGGCCGCCUACUCCUACCAGUUCGAUGCGCUCAGGGAGCAUUCCGAAAAGGUGGCCAUCAUUGCGGGUUACGGAAAACAUCUUUUGGAUCUGAUUGACGAUACCCCUGUGACUCCCGGAGAGACCAGGGCCGCCUACGACGGUUACGAGGCUAGCAAAGCCAUCAUUCAAGACUGCGAGGAUUCUCUUACUAACUGGAUUACCGCCAACGCGGCUGGGCUGGAUCUUUCCGGACAGGAUGUCCCAAUGAAUGACCGAGGUUCGUGGGCGAUGGCACGGAGCGACGACGAGGAUGAAGAAGAAGAAGAGCGGGCCGACGUGAUGGAUGAUAAGGAAGACCUCGACUCCGAUGAUAACCGCGAAUCCGUCGCCUCGAGCGCCCGCGUUAAUGGCAAUGGGGAAGCGAGGGGCCGCAGCAAGGAGCUCAUCAUUUGA